AUGUUGCCGUCUACACCCCGAGUGUUCCUGGACAAUGUCCGUUCAUUCAAAUCACGAAAAGGCAGCGAAAAAUAUAGCUCUAGCGUUGAUGGACCCAUAGAACUUGCUGAAAGUUGGGGUAUAGAUGCCUCUGCUUGGGACCGUGCGUGGAGUUCGCUUAGUGGUGGAGAAGCGCAGCGCAUAGUACUCGCUCUCGCAGUGGGUAUUCCUGGCGCCGAGAUCUUACUUCUAGAUGAGCCUACUUCUGCCCUUGAUGAGGAAACUUCUGGUAUUAUUGAGAAGCAGCUACUUACGAUGUUACGCUCCCAUGCAACUUUAAAGGCCAUUAUUUGGAUCACUCACUCUCAGGCUCAAGAAAACCGAGUUGGGACUAGGCAUGUGUUGAUGGAAACCGGAGGAAGGCUAUCUAAUUUCUCCAAUCCAUCUUCGUUAUUAAGGGAAAAGGUUCUGGGUAAGACUCCAUCUGGCAAGAGAUACACCCUAGUAUGGCAGGGGUCCAGAACAACCAAUGAACUAGCAUGA